AGAAAGACUCAGCCUGUGAAGGACUUCCCUAGAAACAACACACGGUGACACAAAACGCCUGGGGCACUCACAGGUACUAUAAAAGCACCAAAGGGUUUCAGAGUGAGCAAACAGUUCUGAUAGACUUCAGACUUUCUCGGAGCACAAUUUAGCCUUGGAAGCUCUAACAAACUGCAGCGAUGCCUGCUCCGGGAGUGUGCAUGAACAUCAUCAGUCAACGGCACAGAAAGGAUGGCUGCGGGACCCCCAACAAUCCUGAGAAGUUUCUCAACCAAGACUACAAGCAGCUGAAAGAUUUCUGUCUCAUCAGUGGGAUGAGGUACAUCGAUGACAUGUUUCCACCUGACAGCCGCUCCAUCGGCCAGGGGCUCCUGAGCCCUUCUAACAUGGCCCAAGUGAAGUGGCUGAGACCGUGGAAAAUUGUUCCUAAUGCCUCGUUUGUCGUGGAUGGAGUGUCACGGUUUGACUUUGGCCAAGGAUUGGUUGGAAACUGCUGGUUUCUCGCUUCAAUUGGAUCUCUGACUUUCCAAACCAACAUUCUGAAUCAAGUUGUUCCUCUCGAGCAAACGUUCGAUGACGAGUACUGCGGACUGUUCCAUUUCAGGUUCUGGAGAUUUGGGAGAUGGAUUGACGUCAUCAUUGAUGACAAGCUCCCAACAAUCAAUGGCAAGUUGAUCUUCGUCCGCUCCAAAGACCCAACAGAGUUCUGGCCUGCUUUGAUGGAGAAAGCCUAUGCCAAGGUUUGUGGCUCGUACGCGGACAUGAAUGCUGGAACUCCUGCAGAGGCUUUGGUGGACUUCACAGGCGGGGUGCACAUGUGCGUGCAGCUCUCCGAUCCACCUGCAGACCUGUGGGAGCUGAUGUGCAGAGCUGGACGAUCAAGGUCACUGAUGAGCUGUGGCACCCCACAAGGGGAGACUGAUGCCAACACCGUGUUACCAAAUGGUCUGGUCCAAGGCCACGCCUACACUGUCACAGGUGUCAAACACAUGAAAAGCCGAGGAGAAACAGUGCAACUGGUGCGUUUGUGGAACCCCUGGGGCAAGAGGGAGUGGAACGGAGACUGGAGUGACGAGUCUCCUCUGUGGAAGACUGUGAGUACUGAGGAUCGAGAAGUAUGCCUUUCAGUCUGUGACGAUGGAGAGUUUUGGAUGACAUUGAAAGACUUCUGCAAGAACUACUCAGACCUUGAUAUUUGCUCAUCAAACCCAGACUUCCUUGAGGAAGGCUCCGCUUGUAACUGGAAGACUUCCUUCUAUGAGGGUCGAUGGGUUGCUGGAACCACAGCUGGAGGCUGCAUGAAUAAUCUUGAAAGCUUCUGGACCAAUCCCCAGUAUCGGGUCCAGGUUGAAAAAUUAAACAGCAAAUGCGCCGUAAACCAGGGAGAAAAAAACAUGUUGGUGUCGCUUAUGCAAAAGCCAGACAAGAGGAACAGAAGACUGGUACAAAACUUACACAUUGGAUUCUCGAUAUUUGAGGUGACUGGUGAAAACAAGGCGCAGAGGGGAAAAUUCCCUGCCCUUUUCUUCAAGAGAAACAAACCUGUUGCUCAAAGUAAAACCUUCCUAAAUGCUCGUGAGGUGAUGGAGUUCGUGACACUGAAGCCUGGAGAAUACCUGAUUGUGCCAUCCACCUACAACCCCAAUGAGACAGCCUCUUUCCUCCUGACUAUCAUUUCCAAGGCGGAAACCCAUGUCCAUGAGAGUUCUGGUGUCUAUCCCCAGGAAUCAAAGCAAAAAAAAAAGCCCAGACCAGAAAAAGACAGCAAAGAUGAAGAAAAAAAGAUAACUCUGUUCCGCCAGUUCUCUGACAAGUAUGAGGAAGUGGAUGCAGAGAAACUUCAAAUGAUUCUUAAUGACACCAUUCUGAAAGGAGACCUUAAAUCUGGAGGUUUUAGCACGGAUGCCUGUCGCAGCAUGGUGGCUCUUAUGGAUACCUCAGUCACUGGGAAACUGAAUAGUGAGGAGUUUGUCCGACUGUGGAAGAAGGUUGGCAAAUACAAGGAUAUUUUCUACAAGUGUGACGUUUCACAAACGGGGACCCUGUCACUCAAGGAGCUGAGAAAUGCAAUCAUAGCUGCUGGAAGAGGGAUCAGUGAUGACAUUCUCAAUGUGAUUGCUCUGCGUUAUGGUGCCUCCUCUGGACAUAUUACACUGGAGAACUUCAUUAGUCUCAUCCUUCGCUUUGACUGCAUGGCCCAAAUCUACAAGCAGCUGUCAAAUGGAAACAUCAUGACUCUUCGCGAACCAGAGUGGAUGUACAUAUCAAUGUACACAUAAUCUCACAGAGGACAAAAACAUGGAACAAGGUGGAGCUCAACUAAGCUCAAGUCAUUCAAAAGCAUGAGCAUUGUAUAUAAUCAGCAUUAGUAUUUACAAAUAACAGCAGAAUCAAAUACUUGGGAACAAGAGAGCUUAAAACUGAAAAUAUUAUUUUAAGCAUUACAGAAAGGCGGUGUGUCGAAAUAUCUUUACCUUUUUAACUUCAUUACAACAAAUUUCAGAUGGCCAAAACUCAAAUCUGCACAUUUUUGACUUUGAGUUUUUACAAAAAUUGGUGAGAACAAGGAUAACUCCACAUUUUAAGUGAAUCUCCAAAAGAAAUCCUGCCUUUUUUAUGAAAUAAAGGUCACAAGACAGAAACCUUCAAUUGGCAUUGACUGGAAUAUUUUAGACAUUUUUCUUGUUUUCUGAAAAAAAGAUUUUUUUUUGGGAUAAGAAGUUUUGUAUUUUGGCCAUCGUAUUUUUUUCUCAGCAUACAUAUUCCUAAUAUACAAUUUGAUUUAAUGCACUUGUAUCCUUGCUGAGCCUGAGAUGUCACUGGUUCUGUCAGAUGUUCAAUCUGUGUCUUUCUAAGGCUUUUGUACGUUUAAGAUGACCAUAUUUAAACUGUGAAAGUAACCAACAUACCAACAGCUUCCAGUGUUUUUUAACACACCAAUAAUGUUAUUUUGUUGAAAGCGCAACUUAAUUCUCUCUUUGUUUUUUAACUUUUACAAAUAAAGCAUGUUGUAACAUUUGGCAUAUAAA